CAAUAUUGUAAACUGGUCCCUACCUAGCCACAUUUUAUCCACAGAACGCCUAAUCUCCUCCCACUUCUUCCCAUGACCAAAUAAUUUCCUAUCUGGUUCUUCUUCUCUUCUUCUUUUUCCAAAAGAAACCCUCAAGAUUCAAAGGAAAAUGUCAGUAGCAUCAUCAUCAUCAUCAUCAAUCUCAUCCAUCAAAAUCCCAAACCCAUCAUCGCCCCCGCCUUCUUCCUCUUUCGCUUUGAUGCGGUUCUCUAAGGCCAGACCCAUAAUACUUACAGUAAGGAGCUCUCAAGCUGAAGGCCCUUUAAGAAGGCCUGGGGCUCCUACGCCUGUAAAUCCAGCCCCACCCUCCCCGCCGCCAUCUCAUCCGAGCUCUCCUCCCACGCCAGGGGCUGUGGAGGGAAAGAGUGUAAUUACCAUCGAGUUUCAGAGGCAAAAGGCUAAGGAGUUGCAAGAAUAUUUCAAACAGAGAAGGGCUGAACAACUAAACCAAGGCCCUUUCUUUGGUUUUAAUGCUAAGAAUGAAAUUUCCAAUGGCAGAUGGGCAAUGUUUGGAUUUGCUGUAGGAAUGUUAACGGAGUAUGCCACUGGCUCCGACUUUGUUGAUCAAGUGAAGAUCCUUCUCUCAAAUUUUGGAAUACUAGACUUGGAAUGAGGCUGGCUGUCAAUACUCAGAGUUGUUCAUCUGCAAUACUUUCAUUGUUUCAUGUAUUCUAUCGCUGUAGUCAUUCAUUUGUUGUAGCUUCACUUCAACACGCCUUUUCAGCUCUAAAAAGGCACACAAACUGUAUUUUGUUUGACAAAACUGUAAUUUACAAUUGUGGCUCAUCGUUUUCAUGUCCCAGCAGCGCUUUAGAUAA